CGCGGCACUACGCACGGUACGUUCCGUUCCACAGAGAAACGUGCGCGGGAACAUGUUUACGAAUUAAAAAAUUAGUGCGUGUAUUAAUUUUAUACAGCCAAACAAUUAAAAUUAGUGCUGUGCUAGAAAGCUGAUGUGAGGGAUUUAAACUGAACAUUUACGUGGUGCGCCAACAUGUGGCGCGUAGUGUUGCUAGUAUUCCUGGCGACUUCCAGUCAUGGACAGCAGACCAGGGCUAAUAGAGUGGUCAAUGUAUCAACAGUGUGUGAUAAGGGAUCCAUAACGGCACAUAUAGAGAUGGAACAGCCGUUCAAGGGAUUGGUUUUCAGCAAAGAUUUUUCGAGAGAGUGUCAAGCACAAGGAAACCUGUUAAACAAAGUAUCGCUGCAAUUACCGUCGAACGCGUGUGGUGUGAGGACUUCGACCCUGAACACGACGGUAGCAGAGCCCGGCGACGACGAUCCUUUGUACUACAACGUAGAGCUCAUCGUGCAAAUGGACAAGCACUUACAGCAAUCUUCCGACCAAGAAAUAUUGAUUAGAUGCAAACUGCAACGUCGAGCUGUACGAAUAAACAGCUCAGCUUUGGAAACAGUUAUCAACAACAAACUUAGAGAAAUGGCGGGCCAAGAAGUUAAAAGAACGAGGACUGGACGAAACAGACAAGGGUUCGCGAGUCCCGCGGAGAUGGAACAGCGCGAGAUGCUGAUGGAAGCGGCGAGGGCUUGGAUGGAACUAUCCCCCGCUGUGGCUGCCACUGAACCGGCCACAGUUGAGGUGGGACAGCCGACUAGACUGCUCAUCCAAUGCACACUACCAGUUGGCGUAGGCCUUCGUGUCACAAAUUGUAUAGCACAUGACGGUCUUGGAGAAGCAUCACAGAAGCUACUCGAUGAAGCAGGGUGCCCUAUUGACGAGACGAUAUUCAACCAACCCAGCAUUCAUUAUCACAAACACAAGAGCAGUGAAAUCGACUUUUCCGAACUAGAGCCGGCAGAUAUACAAAGAAAUAUUGACGAGAGCACAAGCAUUAAACUCACAAAAUCCGAUCCAGAGUAUAUGUUUAAGAACGUAAUGACAUAUCAACACGCUAUCACCACUUUUGCCGCAUUCAAGUUUCCAGAUAGAGCGAAGCUGCAUUUAACGUGUGGUAUCGAAUUGUGUAAAGGCCAUUGCCCAGCUAUCGACUGUAAAGUUUUACAGAAACCACAGCAAACUAGAGAUGGAUUGCUAAGAAAGGCACGCCUAGAUAAAGACGCUAAAGGUGUGGUCAUUGAUAGGCUCGAAGUCUACAAUAGUAUUGAGGUUCAUGCACCGAAUAUAGAGUUAGAAGAUGAAGCUUCUAUAAGAGGUUCGAGAAGAAUAGAAUCUGAAGAAGAUGAAUUCGUCCGGGGAUUUUCACCUGGAGAUAGAACUAUUUGUCUAUCUCCUGGGAAAAUGGCCCUUGCAUUCUGUGUGCUGGGAAUCAUUUUCCUGUGCGCUAUUGCUGUUGCAUUUAUAUCUUUGGUGCGAGCGAGACGACGACUAGGUCGAGAGCCUCUGCACACUUCCCUCUCCUUCUACACGGGCAGCAAGAGCAUGUUCUCUUCCAGUGAAAGCUCAAGCUCUGGCCUCAGUGGAAGCAAACUCUUGUUAACAGACAGUCCUUAUUUGGACCAUCAUUCAUCCUCAAGCAAUAAUUGGCCUUACAGGCAUUACUGAUAAGAGGCCUUUUAAAUCUCUAUUGGCUUUUAAAGACUUAAUAGGUACUCCUAAGAGAUACAAGGAGUCAUAUUUUUUCUGUAUGCAUAUGAUGCAUACUCAAAGAUUCCUGCCGAUAGAAAAUAUAGAACUAUGUUCUAGAUUCAUUUCUUUGAGUCCUGGGGACGCCUGUUUCAAAACUCACUGGUGCUAUAUUUUAUUCAUAGGGAAAAAACUGUCUUAAAAAGCUACAGUUCCGUGGCUUUCUUCUGUUCGAAUAUGUAAGGCGCUCCGAUUAAUUAAAAAUCCAUUUUUACUUUUAUGUGUGUUUUAUAUUGGUUUAAAGAGUUUGCCUAUAAAGAUCUGCUUUGAAUAUAUACUAUUAAUUUCUCGGAGCGUCUAAAGCCUGCCUAAUUCAAUAGAACACGGCAUUUUUGUACUUAAUUUAUAAACGGUGAUAUAAUCAUCAUCAAAUGUUAUAUUUUAAUGAGACUGUUCUUCAAUAUUUCCAAAGCUUGUCCGGUUCUUUUGAUUAGCGAUAUGCUAUUUAUUGUAGAAUAUAGAUUGGGUAAUAUUGUUUGAGGCGGUGCUUUUGAUGUAGACAUGAGUAAUGGAUGGAUAGACAUAAUAAAAAUUAUUAUGUCUAGUCCUAAGAUGUUUUUAUUACAUAGAUACGUUAUCCGAGCUCAA